AUGGAAUUACUAACAAUUAAUUCCAUUUACAACCAAUUAACUCUGAGCAUUAUUACUGAGAUGUCAACACGACUUGACCCAGACGAGUUAAUUGAAGAGAAGAAACUGGGCGAGGGGUCUUUUGGAAUUGUCUACAAAGGAAGUUUUAGAAAAAAUUGUGUAGCUAUUAAGAAGAUGAAGGAAUUAAAAAAAGAUGUUGAUGAAAUAAUUGACUUUACCAAAGAAGUUGAAAUGCUUGACAAAUUUCGGAGUGAAUAUAUCGUCCAUUUCUAUGGAGCUGUAUUUAUACCAAAUAAAGUGUGUAUGGUCACCGAGUUCGCACAAUAUGGAAGUUUACAAAAAUUAAUGAAACACAAAACAUCUGACGAAGUUGACAUGAUACUUCGAAUUAAAAUGAUGUUGGACGCAUCAAGAGGGAUUUUGUAUUUACACGAAAACUGCAUUUUACAUCGAGACAUCAAACCAGGCAAUUUACUUGUGUUUUCAUUAAAUUUAAAUGAUAAAGUGAAUGCUAAAUUGACUGAUUUUGGGAGUGCUAGAAAUGUGAAUAUGUUGAUGACUAACAUGACAUUCACAAAGGGUAUUGGUACACCAACUUACAUGGCACCUGAGGUGUUGAACAAAGAGCAUUAUAAGAAACCAGCAGAUGUCUAUUUUUUGCAAUAA